AUGAGUUCCUCUUCUCAGGCACCUAUUCCCACUGAAGGAGAUCGUCUCCGAGAAACCGUAGAUCAAUUACGAAAUCACGUUUCUGAAAAUCAGACUAAGAUGAUGACAUUGAGAAGAGAGAUGAAUUUUAUCAAAUCGCAGACUAAUAGUUUUCGU